GGAUGACGAAAUACCGAUGCAACUGUACGUUAUGACAGGCCAUCUAUCACACGCCCACUUGGUAGUAAUUAUAUAUACAGCCUCGUAUAACUGUUAAUUCUUUCUCUUUCUCUAUUUCUUCACGCCGCGCCUUUUCUCCUCAAUUUUCUUCUAACGACAUUAAUUCCCGGCCAGCUCCGAACAUCAUGGCUCCACCCGUCUCUAGCACCAACGGCUCAGGUCUGGUCGACACUCAUAUUCAUGUCACUACCCCCAGCUACUUAAAGGCUAUAAGUGAUAUCGGAGGUGAUCCAAGUGGCUGGUCAACUCCUGUUUGGACAUUAGAAGAUUGUGUACGCUUCUGCGACACCAUUGGGGAAAGCUUCUCUGUCCUUUCCGUUACUACACCAGGUCCCGCCAUUUUUGGUCCUACCGAAGCAGGUAGAAAGUUAACGCGAGCGGUCAAUAAUGAAGUGUGGGAAGUCUGCUCUGGGGCAAAAGGUCGGUUUGGCUUUUUUGCUUCUUUGCCGGACUUCAACGACGUCGAGGGAACUCUUGAGGAAAUCAAACACAUAUUUGAGGAGGAGAAAAAGGCGAAUGGGGUUAUUGUUAUGACCUCGUACGGAGAGCGACUGUUGGGAGAUGAACACUUCAAACCCAUCUGGGAGUCGUUGGAAAAUUACAAGGCACUUGUUUUUGUCCAUCCCACCGUCCUGAACAUUACGCCAGAAAAGGUGGGAGGGUAUCUUCCCGCACCGGUUAUUGACUUUACUCAUGCUACAACAAGAGCCGUUGUGUCACUUCUUGUUUCUGGGAUAGCGACCGCUUGUCCUAAUGUUGACAUAAUUCUGAGUCAUGCCGGCGGGACGAUCCCUUUUAUUGCACAGCGGGCUAUUGGGUUCCUUGCCGAGCCGGCCUUCCAAAGCCAAUCCCGCACUAGUGUCACUGAGGCCAAACAUGCUCUCGGGCGCUUUUACUAUGACAUCGCCCUUUCCACAAGUACCCCACAACUCAAGGCACUAUUAGCGUUUACCUCGCCGUCGAACGUUCUCUACGGUAGCGACUACCCAUACGCGCCUAAGCGUAUUAUCUACGAAGAACUACUACGGUAUAGCAAUUUUGUAGCUAGCGAAGAGGGUAAGGGUAUUAGACCGGCUUGCUUGAGUAAAAACGCAAUAGCCAUUCUCCAGAAGCACAAAGCUGAGAACACUAUUCUGCCCGUGUCUCAGGAAGUUGGGGGCUCAAAAGAGCCGGAAUUUGGAUUAGAGAGUAACCAGGUCGCUGAACAGGCAAGACAUCAGCUGGCAAAGCUUGACAGCUAAAUAUUUGGACUUUAUCGUUGGACAUAAUGAUUCCAUCCAAUAUUCUUCAAGAAGAUUUCCGGCCUUAAGAAUAUUAUUCUGAUAAAAGAUGAAAAGUCCCUUGGUGGCCUUGUAUAGAAUAUCAAAGGGGAGUUCUUCGUCCUGGGAAAGUCUUAUAAAAGAUAACAAUCACAGUUAGGUACCUAGGUAGGUAGGUAGUAUGAGAUAGCCCGCCGAGUUGCCCUGUAUUGAAAAUGAUGGGAUAUAAUAGCCUAUAGGAGAAGCACGAAUGUCAUUUGUUUACGAUCCCAG